AUGCAAGCCCCGUACCCUUUGAUUCCAGUCCCAACUAUCUCUCAGGAUGACUGGAUGGACAAGCGAAAGACGCUGUGUUGGGACAUGUCUCUUAUUCACAACGUCUUCAUCCGGAGCGUGAAUACGAUCUGGAAUAAUGCGCCGCUCGUGACGCCUCAAGACGAGGUGUCCUUUGCCGGGUACGCGCUGACGAUGGCAGCGGCCAUCCAUACACACCAUCACUCAGAGGAAACCAUUGUCUUCCCUUUCCUCGCCACGAAACUUCCCAUGGAAGAGAACAUCGAACAGCAUGAGCAGUUCCAGGCCGGUCUCAAGGAGUUUAUCGCGUACUUCCAAGAAGUUUUCAACGGCAAGGCCAAAUACGACGCGACCAAAACGCGGGAGCUGGUUGCAUCUUUCGGUGGUGCGCUUGUGCAGCAUCUGCACGACGAGAUCCCCACGAUCUCCCCAGAAGCGUUGAGCGUCCUGGAUACGGAAGGCUUUGACAAAAUGAUGCAUGAACUGGAGGAGCACAUCAAGAGCGCACCUGGACUGUUCACCAUCUUCCCCUUUACUUUGUCGAAUCACGACUACGCGGCUACACCAAACUGGCCGCCGAUUCCAGGGCCUCUGUCGUGGUUUGUCAGACAUAUUGCGGUGUGGCGACAUUCGAGUUAUUGGAAAUUUUCGUCGUUCGAUAUGGCGGGAAGGCCCAAAACGUACUCGCCAGGAAGAUGA